AUGACCGACAUAAUGGAAGAGGACCCAUCCUCUGGGAUGCAGUCCUCUGAGGAGGAGGUACCCGUGGAGUCCCUGGUCAGAGGGCGCGCGAAACGAAGCACGGCAGGACUACACAUGUCCGCUCUCCUUGAAGCGGCCGCAGACGACGACUUAGCACUAUUGUUUGAGGAGGUCGAGGACGACAACGAAUUCGCCGACGAAAUAGACCCGGAAGUUGAGGAAGAUGAAGGAUUGGAAUCGUCUGACGACGAUGACGACGAUCAGGGACCUAGCGCGACGAAUGACUACGAGGGCGAAGAGCAACUACAAAAAGACGAGCGCAAGAAGCGAAAACAGCAGAAUGACCUUCGGUUCCAGACCCUACGCAAACGAGUCAAGAUUGAUCCGACCGCCAUCAACGCCGUACCGGCCGCCCCUCCUCGUCCGAAGAAAAAGUCGGAGCGUAUCUCAUGGAUUCCCACAGUAGAGGAUGGGCCCACCCGGCAGUCUUCGCGUCGUCAGACGAUGGUGAACAAGGAAAUGACGCACGCACGUCUCAAGGAUAGCCAGGAGAAGCGGGUGCGCAUUAUCGCUACUAUGAAGGAGGCCGAGAAGCGCAAGGCCCAUCUGAAGCCGAAGAAGAUGACACAGGAGGAUCACCUGGCGGAGGCUGCCAGGGUGGAGCGGCUCAACAGCAAGAGCUUGAACCGCUGGGAGCAGACCGAACGAAGAAAGGCGGAUGAACGACGAGCGAGAAUCGAGGCUCUUCAAAACCGCCGUCUGGAUGGUCCGGUUAUAUCCUACUGGAGUGGUGUGGCUACAUGGACCAAUGGACGUCUUACUCGGGUCGGCAAGAUGGAUGUCAAACCAAAGCCGGACAAAGAAGAGGCCAAGAAGAAAAAGAAGGAGAAGGAGGACAAAGAAAAGGCGGCAGCGGAUCAAUUGGCCCUGCAGUCUAUUCCUGUCUUCGGGCCUGUGCCUUAUCCGGGUCCAACACCACCUUUACAUAACUCGAAUAUUCCUGCCGCGGGUACUGCUGCGCCUGUCACACCGGGAGUACCAGCGCAGCAAGUUUCGACUUCUCUCCUUUCCACUCCUGCGAUUCCAACGCCGCCCGGGGACAAGCCACCAGGAGUCGUCCCAACCCCGACUCCUGAACCCGAACAAACACCUGCUGUGUCUACUGGGACAACUGACAAUGUUGACACGCUAGCAGAAACACCGGCAAGUGUAGUCAUUCCAUCCGAGAACGACAAGGGCAAUGCAGCAGAAAAGCAAACCCCAGAUCAAGAGACAAACUUAACGGCACCGACUUUGGAGAAAAAGGAACAAGCGCCAGACUCGACGGAACAGCCAACUCAGUCUGGACAGAGAAACUUUGCCGUGGAAAUCCCAGUUCGCCGUUUAUCGGGAUCUUCAAACAAUGGCUCUGCUCAAACAGUGCUGAACCCAACCUUUGCCAAGAAUGACGGUGCUAUGGAUAUUGACCAACCUUCAGCGCCUGCUGAUGUCCCCAAAGACCUUCAAGCGCAAGAAGCGGUCAAAGCAAACUUAAUCCCCUCCGAUAAUGCAAGUGCCCAACCAAUUUCGGCACAGGAACCCAAAGCAGAUCCAGCCGGAGCGACUCCUCGUGAACAACCGUCGGCGGGGGGCGCAUCACAGCCUUUGGAAUGUGCCACUUCCGUCGGCACUGGAGCUGCACUGGCCCCUCAUAUACCGGCGACUGCUGCAGUGAGUUCAGCCACGGUGCCCGAGAACGCCCACCUCCAAAGCCAAAGCCAACAAACAUGGCAGCCCGGAUCGCAACCUUCAAAUGUGAUGGGGCCCAUUCAGUCAGGACAAGUACAGCCAGUACAGCCAUUACCGCCAUUACCGCCAGCGAUCCCACCACCUCCUCCAAUAAUCGAACAGACCGGGCGCACAUUGACCGUCCUCGAGAACUUCGACCAUGCGACCGCCCACAGUCGCAAAUACAGCAUGUACUUUAACGCCAAAAAGCCACCGCGUCUGACAAAAAUCUCGUCAUCCCUCUGCGUCAUCACUUCCAUGCCAUCACGAUACCGCGACUCAGACACCGGCCUGCCAUACGCCAAUUCCUACGCCUAUGGUCAAAUCCGCCGUCUCCUCUCCGAAGGGUGCAUCUGGAGCUCCAUGCUAGGUUGUUUUGUAGGCCCAGCCGAUGGUGCCGCGCGAGGCGUGCCCGAGCGAUUUUCAGGCAAAUCAGGGCCGGCCUCCGUCGCAGUUCCAGUUUCCAAUCCCGUUCCAGAACCACUCCCGGUUUCCGGUCCAGGCCCAGGCACCGUCCAACCCCCAGCCCUAGAAGGAAGCGCCCAGGGAGACGACCAGGCCCAAGGCCAGGCCGCGUCGAUUCCAAACAAGGCCGUUGCCGCCAAUGGCGAUCUCCCCACAGCCCAGGCUCCAACAACGGAGCCAAUGGACGUGGAUAAAUAG